AUGCCCAAGGCCAAGGCCGAGAAGUCCGCAUUGCCUGCCAAGGAGGCCAAGAAGCCGAAAGGCGGUUCUGGUGAGAAGGGCCAGGGAAGACGAGCCACUGGGAGCAACACUGGGCUUGUUUCAUUCUUCCCCUAUCUCAUCGACGAGGCUGCGCGGGCUCUACACAAGUACUCCAAUCUUGCCGUGUACGUAGAUAAUGAGAUCGGAGGGGGGACCGAGGUGUUGGUGGAUAAGUUGAGGCAGGCUUUACGUCAGCGGGGCAUCCUGGUCAUCACCCCGCCGUUCGAUCUUCCACUCCUCGCGGAUCGUCGUGCAAUUUGGGCGGUCUAUGAGAUCCCGCUCGACUUCCUGGCUCCCAUCCCCUUCCACACCCUCUGCUGGGAAGAUCUGAUUCGCCUCGUAUGGCGGUCCGAGGUGCAGGCUAUGGGCUUCAAAAGUCUGAAGCUCGGUGCACCUCCCAGUGGCUUCCCCGUCGAUUCGUAUCACAUAUCGCUCAUGACGGCCGCCAACCCACUCCUCGGCCACAAGAUCGACGAGUACCUCGCCCGCUGGCCAGCUCCAGGUACACCCACCACCAUCCCCGCUGCCCUGCCACUCAGCGGGUUCCAGGCUGCGCUCGUUCGCCCUCGUCGAUACUUCACUCGGAGCCAGGGGUUAGAUGGAGCCGACGUCCCGCCUGUCAUCUUCGCUGGUAUGGGGUCGAACCAGCCCGAUAUCGAGAUGAAAUCUGGAUCAUCUUCCUCCUACAAUGGAGAGGACGUGGAGAUGGAUAGCCAGAGCUCCGAGUCUACUGUAAGGCCGGCUCUGGCUGCUGCAAGGGCUGGAAAGAAAAGGGAGUCGGUCAAGGAGGCGAGUGGCGAGGCGGUGGCUGGGUCGAGCAAGAUCGGCGACAAGGUCAAGGAGGACUGCGGAGCCUGUCUGGGCACAGGCAAGGUGGAAGUCCUCACUUUCAGUGAGGCGUCACACGUCGCUCCGGAGGCGGAGGAGGAGGCGGGAAACGAGGAGGCGCAUGACCCGUCCAAGAGCUCCGACAAGUCCAGCGACUCGUUCGGGUCUGACCAGGGGUCAGACGCCGAUGAUGAGCACGAUGACAACGAGGAGUACGACGAGGAGGCGGAGGAUGGGGAGACUGGGGAGGCUGAGGAGGCGGAUGAUCAUGCCAAGGGGUAG